GCUGGGAGUGGGCGGAGGGAGCCGCGCUAUAAAAGCGGGUGUGAGCGGGGUAGUCGCCAUUCCCGGAGCCGAGAGAGAAGCAGCCGUGUUCUGACUGAGAGAGAGAGAGAGAGAGAGAGAGAUUUUCACAACCGCCGAUUACCGAUACUGAUAGCGGACAUGCAGAUCUUUGUUAAAACCCUGACAGGCAAGACCAUAACACUUGAGGUUGAGCCCAGUGACACCAUUGAAAAUGUCAAGGCUAAAAUUCAAGAUAAAGAAGGCAUUCCACCUGACCAGCAACGUUUGAUCUUUGCUGGUAAGCAGUUGGAAGAAGGACGCACACUAUCUGACUACAACAUCCAGAAAGAAUCAACUUUGCAUUUGGUGCUUCGUCUGAGAGGGGGCAUGCAGAUCUUUGUGAAAACCCUGACUGGCAAGACCAUCACCCUUGAAGUGGAACCCAGUGACACCAUUGAAAAUGUCAAAGCAAAAAUUCAGGAUAAAGAAGGAAUCCCACCUGACCAGCAGCGUUUGAUCUUUGCAGGCAAACAACUGGAAGAUGGUCGCACACUAUCUGACUACAACAUCCAGAAAGAAUCAACUUUGCAUUUAGUGCUUCGUCUGAGAGGGGGCAUGCAGAUCUUUGUGAAAACCCUGACUGGCAAGACCAUCACCCUUGAAGUGGAACCCAGUGACACCAUUGAAAAUGUCAAAGCAAAAAUUCAGGAUAAAGAAGGAAUCCCACCUGACCAGCAGCGUUUGAUCUUUGCAGGUAAACAACUGGAAGAUGGUCGCACACUAUCUGACUACAACAUCCAGAAAGAAUCAACUUUGCAUUUAGUGCUUCGUCUGAGAGGGGGCAUGCAGAUCUUUGUGAAAACCCUGACUGGCAAGACCAUCACCCUUGAAGUGGAACCCAGUGACACCAUUGAGAAUGUCAAAGCAAAAAUUCAGGAUAAAGAAGGAAUCCCACCUGACCAGCAGCGUUUGAUCUUUGCAGGCAAACAACUGGAAGAUGGUCGCACACUAUCUGACUACAACAUCCAGAAAGAAUCAACUUUGCAUUUGGUGCUUCGUCUGAGAGGGGGCAAUUGCUAAACUACUGUUGUACUUUGCUUCAUUGUUGUUGGUAGUCAUCUUGCCUCUAGCUUAAAAGUUCAUUAAAGUGUGUUCCCAUGUCAUUCAAAAUAAAAUUGUUGCAAGCUUA